AUGCUGCUUUGGCUGCUCAUAUUACUAUUUAUCUUUUUGUUGUGGAUCGCCAAACAAGUAGCCAAACCUAAGAAUUAUCCACCAGGACCUAGGUGGUAUCCAUUUUUUGGUUGCAAUAAUAUUAUUCUUAGCAGAAUACCACAAUAUGGGUCACAAUGGAAGGUUAUAUCAGAGAUGGCGAAAGAAUACUCCACAGAUGUACUUGGUCUGAAGAUGGGCCAAGAAAAUGUGGUAGUGGUGUUUGGUGAGAAAAAUAUCAGACAAGUGAGUUGUGAUAAGGAAUUUGAUGCCCGCCCUGAUAGCUUUACCUUAAGAUUGAGAUGCUUGGGCCAAAGAAAAGGAAUUACAUUUGUAGAUGGUCCAUUAUGGCGUGAGCAUCGAAUGUUUACCAUGAAGAAUUUAAGAAACCAGGGUCUUGGCAAGUUGUCUAUGGAUAGUGAUAUCCAUAACGCACUGAACAACGUGCUUAGUUAUAUAGAGAAGAGUAACGGCAAUCCUAUAAACAUUAAAGCUAUCAUUUCAAUGAAUGUUAUGAAUAUAUAUUGGAAGUAUAUUGCAGAUGAUCAGAAACUUUUGAAUUUUAUUAACCUGCUAAAUGAAAGGACCAAAGUAUCCACAAUGGCUGGUGGUUGGCUGAAUCAAUGGCCUUGGCUUCGAUUUUUAGCACCAGAGUGGUCUGGAUAUGCACCCAUUAAGAGGAUGAACGCGCAAAUGACAGAAAUUAUCAACGACUCUAUUAAAAGACAUUUGGAUAAAGAUGGAAUGGGUACAGACUUUAUGUAUAGCUUUUUAGAAGAAAUGCAUAACCAAACGCCGACGUAUACAGUGGACCAGUUACGAGGAAUUUGCUUAGAUUUUUUAAUAGCCGGCGCGCAAACUGUUGGUAAUACAUUUGGAUUUAUCAUCUUAUCGGCAAUACGAAAUAGAGAUAUACAAGAUAAAGUACAUAAUGAAAUUGUAAAUAAUUUGUGCGAUGUACUGCCCUCAUGGGAUGAUAGUAGAAGACUCAUAUAUACGAGCGCAUUUGUGGCGGAAGUUCAAAGGUUUUAUACCCUAGCUCCUUUUUCUGGCCCAAGGCGUGUGUUAACUGACGUUCAAAUAGGGAAAUACACUGUGCCUAAGGGGACCACGGUGCUUGUAUCCCUUGGUGACCUCCAUUCUGACUCUCGACACUGGGAUGAGCCAUCUAAAUUCAAUCCUGGCAGAUUUAUAGAUUCGAAUGGUACUUUUAAUAUUUCUGCUCCCUGGCACCCUUUUGGUAUAGGUCGCAGAAAAUGUCCUGGCCAGCCAUUAGCAAAAGCUGCCCUGUUCAUAAUUCUAGUUGGAAUUUUACAAAAAUAUAGAAUCGAAAGUUAUAAUGGUGUAUUGCCGUCUGACGAACCAAUUAUCGGACUACUCAGUGAACCGAGACCGUUCGAUGCACGAUUUAUUAAGAGAGUC